UGAAAAAUCACGUCAUAAAAAAUCAGUUCGACUUAAGACGUUGUCUCUAUAUGAGGCAUUUCAUAUGAGAAAACGGGGUCAUGUCUCGGAUUUUUCUCAAAAUUCGAUGACUAGACCCAGGUCCGCUUACGACAUCCAGCAGAGGAAAAGGCGCAGCGAGGAACGCCGACGAGUUUUUCAGGCCAAGAAAAGGGCGCAGGCUGACAUUUUGCCUGGACAUAUCCUUGCACCUCAGUAUCUGCCGCAAGGGACAACACCUUCCGGUCCUCAGGUGAUUUAUCACCCCACCCCGCGAGGUCUGUUGAUCGCACCCACGCUCACCGAAGAGGAAUUUCACCAUCGUUUCGACCAGCUCCUACAGAAGGCAGCAGUUGGGAAAAGCUCACUACCAACCCCUGGGGUUACCGAAGUGUCCCAAAACCCGACCAGUACCGGGACACCUCCCACUACAGGCGUCCCAAGGAUCAUCAGGGUCGAGACUUUGGCUGUCCCACUUGUACUGCCACACUCACCAGUAGCUGGUCCACAUGUUCCACCUCCCCGAGUAGGGACACCUAUCGUCAUAGACGACGACGUUCUCGAGAUCUUUCCCCGAUCUCCUAUUCCCCGGUCACCUUCACCGGAGCCGGCCCAGCUGUCCCAGUGUACCAUUUCGGCCAAAGAAUCUGUCCCAGUUGGGGACCUGGCAAACUGGGAACGUACGAUUCCCUCUCUACUCGAGUUGCCGUACAUCCGUCCAGUACCCCGGCCGGUACUCGCAAAUCAUACCAGACGCUAUCACCACCAUCAAGUUAAGCGACUCAAUGGGUAUGUGUCCCAGCAUAAUAAACGCCGUUAAUAUGACUAACAAAAAUGUAAACGGGAAAUAAGGGGGUUUCAGAAUAUAUGUAUUUAUUCUCUUUUUUAA